GGGGCGGCGCAUGCGCAGUUCUGGGCGGAGUACACGCUGUGACGAGAGGCGGAUAGGAGCAGUCGGCGGAGACCUCAGCCAGCGGGGCCUGCAGAACUGACAGGAUGCCUGGACUAAGUUGUAGAUUUUACCAGCAUAAAUUUCCAGAAGUAGAAGAUGUGGUCAUGGUCAACGUCCGGUCCAUUGCAGAAAUGGGAGCUUAUGUUAGCCUUCUGGAGUAUAACAAUAUCGAGGGUAUGAUUUUACUCAGUGAACUGUCCAGGAGGCGUAUCCGUUCUAUAAACAAACUCAUCCGAAUUGGAAGAAAUGAGUGUGUUGUUGUCAUAAGGGUGGAUAAAGAGAAAGGUUAUAUUGAUUUGUCAAAAAGAAGAGUUUCCCCAGAGGAGGCCAUUAAAUGUGAGGACAAAUUCACCAAGUCAAAAACUGUUUACAGUAUCCUUCGUCAUGUUGCCGAAGUGUUAGAUUACACAAAGGAUGAACAGCUGGAGAGUCUUUUCCAAAGAACUGCCUGGGUAUUUGAUGACAAGUACAAAAGGCCUGGAUAUGGUGCAUAUGAUGCCUUCAAACAUGCAGUUUCGGAUCCCUCAAUCCUUGAUGGACUGGAUUUGAACGAAGAUGAGAAGCGUGUAUUAAUUGACAAUAUCAACAGGCGACUGACUCCACAAGCUGUCAAAAUUCGAGCAGAUAUUGAAGUUGCCUGUUACGGCUAUGAGGGCAUUGAUGCAGUGAAAGAAGCUCUGAGAGCUGGCCUAAGCUGUUCUACAGAAAACAUGCCUAUCAAAAUAAAUUUGAUAGCUCCUCCUCGAUAUGUGAUGACCACUACAACACUGGAGAGAACUGAAGGCCUUUCUGUCCUCAGCCAAGCAAUGACUGUCAUUAAAGAAAAAAUAGAGGAGAAGAGGGGUGUCUUCAAUGUGCAGAUGGAGCCCAAAGUGGUCACUGACACCGAUGAGACUGAGCUUGCAAGACAACUGGAGAGACUGGAGCGUGAAAAUGCUGAAGUAGAUGGAGAUGAUGAUGCUGAGGAGAUGGAGGCAAAAACCGAUGAUUAAACUUCUUAGGAUGAAAGUAUAGUUGGCAAUUACAAAUACGCCAAACAAGUGAAGAGCCCUUCAAUUGACAGGGCGUCUGGUAUUGAAACGCCACAAGAAAAUACUUGAAAUAUUUUCAAGUUUUAAUGAGACCAAAUUUUGGAGAUACAAGAAACCAUCAGCUGCAAUUAUUGCUUAAUCUCUUUAAAGGAAAGGUGCUUUUGACUGAAAUUUUGCUUUCCUUCCCCUCAAUAAACUAGGCAUUGUCUAAAAUGCUGUUCUCAAUAUUUUCAUAUCUAACAAGAUUGGCAAAGUAUUCAGUAUGUAUGUCAGUGAGGUUUCGAGAGUUAAACCAAUAUUUCUUCUCAGAUUGUACUCUAGUAAAUAUUCAAUAAAUUUCUUGGACAUUUA